AUGGUCAAUGAAAAGCCCAAGGGAGGAGUCACGACUGAGAAUGAUGAUCCUAGUCAUUUGAAGGGGGUUCUGUGGCGCAGUAGUAAACUAAUGAAAGCCUACUGUGAACAACAGGCUUUGUCAACGAGGCAGACCAGAUUCCCAUCUGUCUGGAUGCCAAUCAAUGAAACAGACACACCUGCACAGUUGGAAAUGGAGGCUGAAGAUACAGCUGAUGUGUUUCAGUGGCAGACAAGAGGUUUCUACUAA